AUGUCCACAUUAUCAAACAUAUCCUCGGCGAUGUUCUCCGUGCCCCAUGCCGAUUCGAGUAGGAGACGUGAUGCGAACGGGGCCGGCAAGAAGGCGAAUCUCGGCAACAAACUGAUGAACGCCAUCAAUCUGCCGAUGGCGUGGUACGACUUGGAGGAAACGGGUGCGGAAACGGUGCAUAAGCCCAGUUACCUGAAAAUUGCUUUCGUCUUAAUAAACAUCAUCGGCGCACUCGCGUUUGCCGGGCAGUGCUUUUAUCACUACGUGGCCACGGUUCCAGAGACAACGGUGUCUGCUCAGGAUAAGUCGGGAACUGACGGGUGGACAUGCCGCCCCCUCGUUGGCGACAAGAUUUACGGGCUGAACAUGACGUACGACGAAUGUAUGACCAAGGAGUACGUGCCACCGACAGUCGAUAAUUUGAUUCGCUACGGCCAUUACGGAUUAUUGGUGUAUAGCGGCUUUGAUGGAUCCCAGCCGCCGUCCAGUUACGACGGGCCAUGGAACUUCACCACCGGACUUCGGUACAGCAUCAACACAAUGACCCUUUACCACAAGCCCUUCCCGCAUCUUUCCGACGUCGUGUACAGCUAUCCGGACACUUGCGUGGUUCCGUUUUACAAGGGGUACGAAAAACAUUCCAAGUUUAAUCCGCAAGAUGGGUACAUGUCGCCGACCGAGAUGCCCUUCUCCGAGGCGUACAAGAGAGGCUACGAUUAUUUUAACGGUUACGGCUACAUCGGGUUGGCCAACAAAGAGCUAAAGUGGGAUUCCUCUUGCACCCUCGACACGCCUUGGAAUUGCGGUCAAUAUGGCACGUUCCAUCCGUCGAACGAGACGGAUUAUGUCGCAAAGUGCGACGGAGCCAUCUCCGCAGCGGAACAAGCCGACCUCUUUGAAAAUGGCACAUACUCCUUCCCACAUGUCUUCGCAGCACCAUCGGAGUUGAGGUGGGCCGCGCCGGCUUCCGCUCAGCCUUAUACCGAGAAGGGUAAAGGCGAUUACUUUGUCAUUUACAAGCAGAAGUGUGUGGGAAUCACGCCCUUAUAUCCGAAGACCACCACGCUCAAGUUGGUCACAGAUAAGAGCCGUCCCCGAGGCGACGACGACUUCUUCGGCAAGCAACGGUGCAACUUUUACGAGAAACAGAUUGGUGUCGAGUCGUUCGAGUACCUGUUCUCUCAGCCCAACUGUCACCCGUGCCAAAUCUUCAAGGAGAAUGCCCCGUUCUUCUGCAAGCGCGAAGUUAGGAAGACGUGGGUGACCAUAUUCGCGCUCUCGAUAUCGAACACACUUUUCUUCAUGGGUAUUCUGAUAACUUGGGCACCGGUUGUUCUUCGUGGGUUAUUCAGCAAAGAACAACAAACAGAAUAG